AAUGUGAAGCAUUGACCAUGAAAAGCAAGUCUUCGGGAAUUUAGGCAAUUUGCUUUUAUUUAAAGUAUGAAAGGCAGCGAGUGACACUUACAUUAGCAAACACCAACAACUCUGCUUCACUUAUUUCUAAGAAAAUCAAAACUCAUUAGUUAUGGAUGCAUAUGCUGCAACUAUCACCUUAUCUCUAUUCAUGUCCUUACUAUUACCAAGUACUACAGCUGAAACACAACCACCACGAAUAUCUCCCGGUUCCUCUCUUUUCAUUAGCAGUGGUUAUCUCUCUUCAUGGACUUCCAAUUCUAGCCUAUUUUCUUUUGGCUUUUAUCCACAAGGCAGUGGCUUUCUAGUUGGAAUUUGGUUGGUUGGAAAGAAGAACAACACAAUUGUAUGGACUGCAAACCGUGAUGACCCUCCGGUAUCCUCAACUUCAAAGCUACAAUUUACCAUAAACGGUACAAUAAUACUAACGGAUCAACAUGGACAAGAGAAGCUUAUUGUUAAUGCUAAUGCAAGAGCUUCAUCUGCCUCCAUGCUUGAUUCUGGAAACUUUGUAUUAUAUGACUACAAUAAUAUUUCCAAAAUCAUAUGGCAGAGUUUCGAUCAUCCAACUGAUACUUUGUUGGAGGGUCAAUCUCUACCGUCUGGAAGCCAACUUUUCUCUAGUACAUCGGGGGCCAACAGCUCAACUGGAAAGUUUCGUCUCCACAUGCAGAUUGACGGUAAUCUUGUUCUGUAUCCAGUAUACACAACAGAAACGGGUUGGGAUGCUUAUUGGAGCACUCACACUAAUAGGGUCAUUUGGCCAACUGUCCAAUAUCAUCUUUACCUCAACUAUACAGGUUUACUGCUGAUCUGGAAUAGAAGCAGUGAUGAUAACCUUAUUCAUAUUGUGAAUGAUAAUGAUAGAGCGGACAAGCAGAACACUGGAGACAAGACUAUAUAUCGUGCAACCCUUGAUUUUGAUGGGGUUUUUCGGCUGUAUGCAUAUCAUGUUAACAAUAGAAGUAACGGUAUUAUGGAUAGUUGGCCGGAGAAGAAUACAUGUGAGGUGAACGGGUAUUGUGGCUACAACAGUUUCUGCACAUUCAAUGACGACAAACCAGUGUGCAAUUGCUUCACCGGUUAUAAAUUUAUAGAUGUAAAUGAUUAUACUCUUGGAUGUGAAAGGAACUAUUCAAAAUCAGAGUGUAGAAGUGACAAAGAUGGUGUGGCCUUUUAUAACAUGGUCCCAAUGGACAAUCUUUAUUGGAAUGACCAUCCUUAUUUCAUAGAUGAACACAUGUCAUCAGAUCAGUGCUCAUAUGCUUGCUUGGUUGAUUGCGACUGUUGGGCUGCAAUUUAUGACACUGGAGAUGGCUGCAAGAAACAAGGAAUGCCUUUGAGAUAUGUCAAACGAUCGCAUGAUUCUGAAGGUUCUACCUUGACUUUCUUAAAGGUUGGAAAAACCAGCACUCCAAGCUCAAAGAGGUAUGAAAAACCUAUUACUUUUCCAAUCAAGAUUACAAAUAACAAAGCAAUAGUGAAUAUUAUUGUUGUUACAUCCGUAUUUAGUAUUGUUUUGUGUUCGGUGAUUGUUAUAUCCAUUCAUUAUAUAUACAAGAUUCGGGUAUUGAAAUACAAAAGGAUAACAGAGACUUGGAAAUUCGGAGGGAGGAAUGAUGAGGUGUCUUUGAGAAGGUUUACAUACAAUGAGCUUAGAAGAGCAACAAAUCAUUUCAAGGAAGAGUUGGGUAAAGGCUCUUUUGGAGCAGUUUACAAAGGAGAAUUAAACAAAGGUAAGAAAUUGAUUGCAGUGAAGAGACUAGAGAAGUUGGUGGAAGAUGGAGAAAGAGAGUUCCAAGCAGAAGUGAGAGCCAUUGGAAAAACCCACCACAGGAACCUAGUUAGAUUGCUUGGAUUUUGUGCUGAGGGAACUAAAAGGCUUCUGGUUUAUGAAUACAUGAGCAAUGGCUCACUUGGAAAGCUUCUGUUUGGUGAUCAAAGACGCCCGAAUUGGGAUGAGAGAGUGAGAAUAGCACUGGAUAUUGCUAGAGGGAUGUUGUAUCUCCACGAAGAGUGUGAGGCACCAAUCAUUCAUUGCGACAUAAAGCCUCAAAACAUUUUGAUGGAUGAGUUUUGGAAUGCCAAGAUAUCUGAUUUUGGUCUUGCAAAACUUCUAAUGCCGGACCAAACCAGAACUUUCACGGUGGUUAGAGGAACAAGAGGCUAUAUGGCUCCGGAAUGGAACAGGAACGUGCCAAUUUCACUGAAGGCGGAUGUUUAUAGCUAUGGAAUAAUGCUGUUGGAAAUUUUGUGCUGCAGAAGAAACCUAGAUGUUAAUAUGUUGGAACCUGAGGAGAUUCUUCUCUCUGGUUGGGCUUAUAAGCGCUUUGUUGCAGGAGAGGCGAAUAUGCUUGUACCUUGGGAAGUCGUUGAUAACAAUGUCUUGGAAAAUAUGAUUAAGGUGGCACUUUGGUGUAUCCAAGAUGACCCUUUUCAUAGGCCAACAAUGAAGGGUGUGGUGUUGAUGUUAGAAGGAGUUACUGAUAUAACAAUUCCUCCCUGUCCAGAUUCCAAUCCUGCAUGAAGAAACUGAUGAUGCAGAUGUUCCUCAUGUGUCUUUCAGUUUGUUUAUUUGUGUCAUGUUAUGUAUUCAUGUUUUUGUUUUAGUUGUUAAGGUUGUCUAUGUCUUGUGCGGAGCAAAAAUAAGGUAACAAGCCAAUGACCAAUGUAGUAGUUAUUCUUCUUCUCCA